GAAAGGUCAAAGGCCAUGUCCUGUAUGUUGUUUGAAUUUGACUUUGUUGUGAUUCCAGCAGUGUUGCGGCGUUUGUGCGUGCGUGCGUGUGUGAGAAGCUCGGCAGCAUGCGUGUGUUCAGAAAGCUGGUGUGUGCAGGUGUGUGUCUCAGGCUGAAUAAACACACAGGAGGUGUAAGAUCCUUCAGCACGUGCCCCAGGCUGCAGGCUGUAAUGCAGGCUUGGGUUAUUGAUCAUUACGGAGACAACAGUGUGUUCAGAUUCACCAAGAACGCCGCGUUUCCCAGCAUCCUCUACCCCAACGAGGUGAUCGUCCAGGUGCACGCAGCCGCACUCAACCCCCUGGAUGUCAACAUGAGGGGAGGUUACGGUGCAGCCACUAUGGCCAUGAAGCGCGACCCUCUGAACAUUAACAAGUCGGGCAGCGAGUUUCCUCUGAUCCUGGGGCGUGAUGUCUCGGGGGUGAUCAUGGAGUGUGGUCUGGACGUUGCGUACUUCAAACCAGGAGAUCAGGUCUGGGCGGCGAUCCCUCCGUGGAAGCAGGGCAGUUUGUCUGAGUUCGUCGUGCUCAGCGCUAACGAGGUGUCUCACAAGCCUAAGUCGUUGAGUCACACAGAUGCAGUGUCUAUUCCAUAUGUCGCAGCUACGGCCUGGUCGGCUCUCGUCAACACGGCCAGUCUGAACAAAGACAACUGCUCGAAAAAACGAAUCCUCAUCCUCGGAGGCUCAGGUGGAGUCGGAACGUUUGCCAUCCAGUUGCUGAAGUCGUGGGGAGGUCAUGUGACCGUGACGUGUUCCCAGAAUGCCGAGGGGCUGGUGAGGAGUUUAGGGGCGGAUGACGUGGUGGAUUACAGCAGCGGCUCGGUGGAGAGGAAACUCAGCGCUAAGGACAAGUUUGAUGUGGUUCUGGAUAACGUUGGUGGAGAAACAGAGAAAUGGGCUUCGGCGCUCCUCAGGCCCUGGUCCGGUGCGAAGUACGUUACCUUGGUAACGCCGUUCCUGCGCAACACCGACCGACUCGGCCUCGCCGAUGGCAUGAUGCAGAACUUCGUCACCAUAGCAACCAAGGCAGUGAAGCACCUGAGGACAGGUGUCCACUACCGCUGGGGUUUCUUCUCUCCGAGCGGCUCUGCGCUGGAUGACGUGAGCGAGAUGGUGGACGCAGGAAAGAUCCGUCCGGUGGUGGAGAAGACGUUCUCCUUCUCUCAGGUCCCUCAGGCGAUGGAGAAGGUGGAACAGGGUCACGCUCGAGGGAAAAUCGUGGUGACCGUAGUCGAGGCUCAGGACGAGUGACAGCAGCAGCGAGCGAGGAAACGAGGUUCACUCACCCACCGUGUCUCCAUGGAAACGCAGCACACUGUGAUCAGAUCAGUCUGAUCUCACCAUCACCACACAGGGACACAGACGCCAACCUGCACUCAUGCUAACGUGUGACAUCACUCGUCUCACUCCAUGUUCGUCUCCAGGGGGCGUGGCCUGAAACUCUGUAUUAUAUUUAAUACACAUAUACAACCAAA